AUGUUCGGCCUCGCUGUUCUCUCUGUCGCCCUCGUCGCGGGUCAAGUGGCUGCGUCUGCUAUCAGCACUCGCUCUCCCCUCGCCGGCCUUCUCAGGAUCCGGCAGGCGUCCUUCGACCCGUCUGAGGUCCCCGCGGCGUGCCAGUCCUCCUGCUCCACCAUCAGCACCGCGUUGACGAGCACGACGUGCAGUCAAGACAUCGACUGCCUCUGCAGUAGCGCCACAAGCACAGGGCUCUUCGACUGCCUCCAAUGCGCACUCAACCUCCAACCGGACCAGGACGUGCUCGAGCAGGCGCAGGAGAGCUACGAUGAGUACGCCGCGGCGUGCGCGAGCGGCGACGUGCCCGUAGCGUCCCAGACGCUCUCGCUCCCCAGCGGCUCAUCCGCGUCCGCAACGCGCGUUUCGGGUUCCGCGACGGCAACCGCCGCGGGCUCGCGCACUUCCACUGCUGCCGGGAGGACCUCGACCGCUGCGGACCCGACGGAGACGUCGACCAGUGGAGACGACGAUGGUGAUGACGACAGCGGUGACGACUCUGACAGCGACGACGAUAGCAACAGCAGCAGCACCGGCGCGCAGCGCAACGGUGCCCGUGUCGGUGUUGCGGUGUCGUCUGUCGGGCUCGCGGGCGUGGCGGCGAUGAUGGCGUUCUUCGCGUUGUGA